AUGCCGAACCCUCACUAUGACUUUCUCAUCAAGCUUUUGCUGAUCGGUGACUCGGGCGUCGGAAAGUCGUGCCUACUGCUGCGAUUCUGCGACGAUGCUUGGACUCCGUCGUUCAUCACGACGAUUGGCAUUGACUUCAAGAUCCGCACGAUCGAGCUGGACGGAAAACGCAUCAAGCUGCAGAUCUGGGACACGGCUGGCCAGGAGCGAUUCCGCACCAUCACCACCGCCUACUACCGUGGAGCGAUGGGCAUCUUGCUCGUGUUUGACGUGACCGACCAAAAGUCGUUUGAAAACGUACGAACGUGGCAUGCCAACAUUGAGCAACACGCGAGCGAAGGCGUUUCCAAGAUCCUGAUCGGCAACAAGUCGGACUGGGAGGAGAAGCGCGCAGUGACGACCGAGCAGGGUGAAGAACUCGCCAAGGAGCUCGGUAUCCCUUACAUCGAGACAUCAGCCAAGUCCAACUCGAAUGUAGAAGAAGCCUUCUUCAACUUGGCGCGAGAGGUCAAGACGCGACUCAUCGACACAGCAGCAGUCACCCAAGCGUCGCCAGCAGCGGCAGCGGGUAAUGUUAAUGUUAACUCGGCACCCAAGUCGGGAGCUGCUGGUGGUGGUUGCUGUAGCUAG